AUGGCGGCUGAUGCAAAUCAGUCGUCGAAGAGAAGAGAUUUUUGUGCAAUGCAUGUCAUUAACAGUGCGAAGCAAAAGCUUACUUCAUUUACAUAUACGUCAUGGUGUAAGUUUGUAUCAUUCGCGGUGAAAUGGAGAAAAUUACAAUGUAAAGAGGAUGAAAUAGCGAUCGAAGCGGCGGCGAAUCUGGGCUUGAGAUUCGAUGACUUGCCAUCAGGUGUUGACUUUGUCGAAACCAACAGUUCGUCAGACGGUUUUUUACCCAUACCAGCCUAUUGCAAGUUCCAUCGAGAUUGCUACAACCGAUUUUGCAAUACUCUGAUGCUUGGCAGAGAAGAAAAGAGGCAAUAUAUUCGAGACAAACAAGCUGGCGAAACAGGUUAGUAUAGCAGUCCAUUUUGAAACCUUAUACACUUAAUAUUUAUAAGCUAAUUUUUACCUCGGACUGUAGUAAAACUACUGUAUGAGCAAAUGUGAGUUUUCUUUGCUAUAAUAUAAUCAAGUGAUGUGCUGUAUAGAAGGGCAAGAAGGGUUUUAGAGUAUUUAUUACAGAAGUAACAUCUCGAAUGAUUGGUGCCAGAUUUAUAGGUAGAAUCUUCGAUAAAAUGUCUGUGUGAAUGUGAUAGACUACCUGUAAAAUAUGGAGAAAACUUAGACGUUUUGAGCGAAGGUUCUUCGUCGAGAAGUUAGUAUAUUUUCCAGUAGUCUAUCACAUUCACACAGAAGUUUUAUUUACAGAAGUUGUCAGUUAGCAAGGCUUCAAGGUCUUGCUUGGAGUGUCAUUUAAAAUUUAUUUUAUUUUUUGAGAUGAGAGACAAAAAAUAUCUCCCUUUCAGACUACUUGAAAUAUGUAAUUCUCAAAUUGACCAGUUAAUGUGCUUGACUUUUCCCUUGACAAAGAAAAUUGGAAAUUGUAUGGCUUGUUAUGCACUAGCCAAUAGAAUUGAAACUGCCACCCCUGGUUCUGGGAAAUAGUGGGGGUUUGCAAGCAAAUGGCAUCAAAAAUACUUUAAGCAAAUGGCGUCGAAACACCCAGGCCUUGGGAGACACUUUUGGGACUAUCUACAGUCCUCGGUGAAUGCUUGUGAGUCAAACCAUUGUAUUUUUACCUCAAAUUUUGGUGACUGCUAGCUCCACGAGGAGUAAAAUUGUCAGGCGUUAGACAAAGUAAAUACUAAAGUAGGGCGCAUUGCGUGUUAAAGGGUUUUAUUAAGCCAGUUCAUUAGGCAUAGUAAAAAUAUCUGGUGUUAGGUAGGCUAAAUUGGAAAAGUAGGGAUGUUUGCAUGAUUAAAGACUAUGCAUUAUUUCUUCUAUUAUCUACCUCAACGAUGUCAGGUCUUCAGCUUUUAGACUCGAUGUCCUGCCAAGCACAAAUAGAUAUCCAGCUGAAGUUUGGUUGACAAUAUUUAACAGUUAGGGAGAAUUACAGACCAGGAAAUAGUUCUAGCCUUUUUUGGAUCCUAGGCCAGGGGGGGAAUAUUUAUUUGAAAACACUGUUAUCAAAUUUAGGCUGGGGGGGGGCAUUUUGUUUGAAAACACUGUCAUAAAAUUUAGUUGGUUUAACAGCACUUAAAUUUUGACUCUUACAGCUGUUAGGCAUUAACUGUGCUUCACGGCCUUCACUGUUAACGAAAUCUAUUCGAUUAAUCAAUAAAUUGGUUAGAUAAUAUUAAUUAAUUCUAUAUUACUAAUGUUAGCAACUAAGGUCUUAGCAUAUCAAAUUAAAUUGUAAUAAAUGCUUAUAUAUAUAGUGUAAUAGCUUAUUACAAUUGUAGUUAUAAGUUAUAAGAGUUUAUUACUACCUAAUUUGACAUAGUUUUUUACUACCUAAUUUGACAUUUGCAAGUUGUGUGAUAAAGAAAUUUAAAUUUUAAGGAAUAUUUUUAUGUAUGCUCAAGUGAAAACAACUUGCCAUGCACAACGAUGUGUCAAUGCCAAGGUUGCACAAACAACCAAGAACAAGAUCUACCUGAAGACGAAAUCGACGACAGUGGCUCAGAACAAGAAGACGAUGAAUUGAUGAUGGACGACGAGUAA